AAAGACCAGGGCCAGCAGGGAGCAUUCAGGGAUAAUUCAGCCCUUCCUUCUCAGGGCAGAAGUGUGGAAACAGCUUUAGAUGAGCUCUGGGCCCUGGAGCUGGCUGAGCAUCUGCCAGAAGUACAUGCAAAGCAUGAGAAGGUUUUGAGUCCUGUGUGUGAACCUUCUGUCAUGGCCCUGGAUCGGCGGGACAUCUUCCCAGACACUAAAAAACAGUUGGGAUUUGUUGUGGAGCAAGGACAAGAGCUAAAAGCUCCACGUGAAAUCCAAGUAGAUGGCUGUCCUGAUCUGGGCCAGAAGAGGCAGAGUAGAGGGAGAACUCCUCGGAAGUCAGGAGCUGCUACCAUGACCAAAGCCAGAGGAGAGCAGGAAAAUGAGCAGUUCACAAGCUCUGCUGGUUGCUCCCCAACCUCCUGAAAACCCUUGGAAAGCCGACUGGGAUCAGCUGCACGUCUCCAAAGCCACCCAUUGAGAGGAUCUCUGCAUCGGGCCAGAUUAAGUCUUUAAUCAAGAGGACAAAAGAGACCUCGAAUGUGCAUCCCAUGAAUCGGGACCUCUCUCCAAGGCGUAAGCUAGGUCCUGCGAUCUUUCACAAGUCAGAGUCCCAAGAUCGCUUGAUUGAGGAGCUGCAGGACAGACUGGGCAUCGCCAAGCAGGAGGAACAGGAGGAGUGGAAAAGCCAGGAUGACUGGCUGACAGAGGGGGUCGUAAUCACUGCCACACCCCAGGGAGAGGAGCAGAAUGGUGGACAGCAAGUAGAGAAGGUGGUUUUCCCUCCAGAGUCCCCGCACCCCCCGAGGAGGACGGUCUCUGUUUCAGCCUCUCCCCCGCUCCUGCCUUCCACAGAAGCUGCAAAGACAGCCCCUGCUCACGCUGCUGCCCCUCAUGUCCCUGGCCCCACACCUCUCCUCCCUCUCCCACCUCAGCCUUCCCACCCACCAUCUACCUCUGCUCCUCCUCCGGCCUCCUCCUCCUCCUUCAGCUUGGCUCCCCAGCCUCUCUUCCAGUGGGAGACUUCUGCUGAUGAUUAUCAUGAGCUUUCUGGUGGGGGCACCCCUCCUUCUGAAGAUCCUGGGCGCUCCUCUCCCCAGCCUUGGACCCCUAGCACCAAGACAGUUGUUUCUGUUGGCUGUCAGACUGAAGAUGAGGCUUUCUUCCCACAGAUGCAGGUGACCUCCGCUCCUCCCCUCGUCGGCAGUGCCAGUCUGCUGGCUGCUCCGGCACCCCUGGGUGCCCCCAGCCCUGAGAAGUUCAUGGCGCAGGGGAAAGCCGGCAGCAGCUCCCCGCCGUCCACAACCCCCAAACCUGGCAGCCAGCUGGACACCAUGCUGGGAAGUCUCCAGUCUGACCUGAACAAGCUGGGAGUAGCGACCGUUGCCAAGGGCGUCUGCGGAGCCUGCAAGAAGCCGAUCGCUGGGCAGGUGGUUACAGCCAUGGGGAAGACCUGGCACCCCGAGCACUUCGUCUGCACCCACUGCCAGGAGGAGAUCGGGUCACGGAACUUCUUUGAGCGGGAUGGGCAGCCCUACUGCGAGAAGGACUAUCACAACCUCUUCUCCCCUCGCUGCUACUACUGCAACGGGCCCAUCCUCGAUAAAGUGGUGACGGCUUUGGACAGAACAUGGCACCCUGAACACUUCUUCUGUGCCCAGUGUGGAGCUUUCUUUGGACCUGAAGGAUUUCAUGAGAAGGACGGCAAAGCCUACUGCCGCAAGGACUACUUCGACAUGUUUGCUCCCAAGUGUGGAGGCUGUGCCCGGGCCAUCCUGGAAAACUACAUUUCUGCCUUGAACACCCUGUGGCACCCUGAAUGUUUUGUCUGUCGGGAAUGUUUCACCCCAUUCAUCAACGGCAGCUUCUUCGAGCAUGACGGGCAGCCCUACUGCGAGGUGCAUUACCACGAGCGUCGCGGCUCGCUGUGCUCUGGGUGCCAGAAGCCCAUCACAGGACGCUGCAUCACUGCUAUGGGCAAGAAAUUUCAUCCCGAACACUUUGUCUGUGCCUUCUGCCUCAAGCAGCUCAACAAAGGAACCUUCAAAGAACAGAACGACAAGCCCUACUGUCAGAACUGCUUUCUCAAACUCUUCUGUUAGAGGCGUCCUAGCUGGGAGCUAAGCAUCUUUCUGCCUCCCCCCGGGCAGUUCUGUCUCUCUGAACAUUACUGUGAUUUCGAAACCUUCCCAGGCAGGGGAGAGGGCGGGUGGGGGGUGGGGGGUAGUGCUUGCUGCUGCUGCCUCGAGGCAGCAGCUCCAGAGACGGACCAUUAAACUGGAAAUGCCCUUGCUGCGUCUCAGCAGAGAGAGGCGAGUCCCCUGGCUCCUGUGUGCAGCUGGGUGUGACCGACAGCUGAGCUUAGCCCGAGGGCUCCACCAGGGAGCUUCUCAGCCCCCUCCUGGCAGCAGGAGCCUUAGCCAGUACAUUUCAGCCCGUUUCAGCCCGUGUCAGCGCUCUGAGCACACCCUGACGCUGGCAGACAACACAGCCCUCUGUCCUGACACCUGUCUGAGGCUCCCGAGCGGUGGCACAGCGAGGGCACCCCGCGAGCUCAGCACCACCCUGCCUCCGCUCCCUGGGGCUGCGGGCACCCCUGGCUUACCGGGAGCCUCAGCACAGGCAGCCAGGACCCUGCAAGGGUCUCUCCAGUUCCAUUACACUGUAAGGAGUUGAUACCACUUUUUUUUUGUUGUUUGUUUGAAGAGGAAUCAAGGUAUUACUGUGUUUUUUGUUUUUUGUUUUUUUCUUUUCCCCUAGUUUGUUAUUCCCUGCCCUCUCCAAGCCUCGGCCAUCCCUCCGUGUGCUGCUGCGUGCCCCUAGGGGGACGUGCGGGGCCAGGCACCUCCCUCAGCACCCAGUCCCCUCACCUGCUGCUCCCAGGAGAGGCAGCAGGGCAGCAUCGGCCCUUCUGUAGGAGCAGGGAGGUCAGGGCCAGCCUUCACCACGAGUGCCUGUGGUGUGCCUGCAUUAUCCAGCCCGAAGCUCUCCCACCCACCCUCCUCACAAGGUCGGGGAGAAGCGGAGGGGUUUAAGAAGCCAGGGAAAAAAAAAAAAUACCCACCCUUUAUAUGCUUUCUCCUUCCUCUCUUUGCUAACGAGACCUGUCAGCCCUCGGUAUUUCCUUUCUGCGCUCCUGUUAAACGUGUUCCACGGAGAGAUGCUAGAGCAAUAACCUUUUGUACUGACUGUUACCGGCAUAACCAGUCCCCGGGGGCGGGGGUGUGAGGCACACUUGGUUUUACUAUCGAAAUGAAUACUGUAUCCUGCCUUUGAUAAGAUUUCUACACUGAUUUUGAAUUCAUAUCUAAUUUGCUUUUAAUCCUCUUAUACCGAAAUUGGUUUUGAAGUGAUUUUAAGAAAGCGCCUUUUAUAUCUCGAGCUGUGCUGUGCCGGGCAGCGUGCCCGCGGGGCUGCCCCUGCCUUUGUAACCUCGACGCUGUGUUAAACCCA